AUGUCGACUGCAAUAAACAACGCCGGUAACCCUUUGGAGCACCACUCCACUCCCAAGCGGAUCAAUGUGGGUAUCAUCAAUAUUCCUCUAAAUUGUCUGAAAGAACUGUAUCCCGACAUUCAACGCUUCACAGCUAUAGCUGUCGUGUUUUCCUACCACCCCGAUAGCCUAUCCAAGCCAGGAGGAGGAACUCCAGAUAAGUAUCAUCCAUUCCGCGGCCCGAGAAAGCGGGGAGGAGAUGCAAAUCUGGCCUUCAAGAUUUGGUAG